AUGAGUAAUUAAGAAAGGAUAAUCAUAAAACCACUUUAAAGAAAAACUAAAAAGUCACCAUAAGAAAAUAAAAAAGAAAUAAAUGUAGAUGAAGAUAAUUAUGGACUCUCUUACUUUGAAAAUGAUUAAGAAGAGUUUUAAACUUUAUCAGAAGAAUUCUUUGGAAAAUGUAUUCUUCUAGAUAAUAAAGAUGAUGAUGAAAUAUAAAAAAGGAAUAAAGUUAAAGAUAAUGAAUUCUGUUAGUUAAAUCAAAUUAUACAAAAAAAUACUUAUCCUAUUGAAAUAAAAAAUUAAGAAAAAUAAUAGAGUUUUAAAAAUGAUGAAAACUUUGAAUCAUUAGAAACUAGAUCUAUCAUAAGUGAUAGUGAAUAUUUUCAUUAGGAAGAUUUUCUUAUGAUAUAAACGAGUGAAAUAAAUUAUUUAUAGAACUUGAAUUACAUUUAAGAGUCUGUUGGGUUAAAUAAAAAACAAUACAAUUUUUCAAAAUAAAAGUUAAAUAACAUUACUAAUGUACAUUUACCACUAAAAAUUUAAAAGAAAAACAUACUAAAGAUAAAUAAAAAGGCUUGA